AUGAUUGAAUUACACCGAAAUGACCGAAAAAAAGUUUUUCUUCCUCUUUCUAAUGAAAGUCUUGUCAACAAUCGAUACAGAAAAGAUACUAAACUCGGUGAAGGUACUUAUGGUGAAGUAUGUAAAGCUGUUGAUAUUUUGUCAAAUACUUUUGUCGCUCUCAAGAAAGUUAAAGCUGACCAAGAAGAAGAAGGAGUUCCUUCUACGGCUCUAAGAGAAAUAGCGAUCUUAAGAGAUAUUUCACAUCCUAAUAUUGUUAAAUUAUUAGAUGUUUAUAAUUCAGAGAAACAUUUAUAUCUUAUAUUUGAAUACUGUAAUACUGAUCUUCAUAAAUUUCUUAAAAACAAUCCCCAAGAUCUUUCUAUUAAUUUUAUUCGACACGCUUCAUAUCAAAUGUUAGAUGCAUUAGCAUUUAUGCAUUCACAUCGAAUUCUUCAUCGAGACAUUAAACCGUCAAAUGUAUUAUUAAGUGGAGAUGUAGUUAAAUUAGCAGAUUUUGGAUUAGCACGAUCUAUUGGUAUUCCAAUAAAGAGAUAUACAGUAGAAGUAGUUACAAUGUGGUAUAGACCACCAGAGUUGAUUCAAAAAUAUAAUAUUUAUGGGUCAGGAAUAGACAUAUGGGGAAUGGGUGCUGUGAUUGCUGAAAUGAUUCUUCAUGAGCCAAUAUUUAGAGGAGAUAGUGAUAUUGAUCAAUUACAUAAGAUUUUUGAUAUUCUAGGAACUCCAAAACCAAUAGAUUAUCCUGAUUUAGAUUAUUUCACUGAUAAGAAAGUAUUUGAUUAUUUUCCAAAGAAUAAUGUUGAAUUUCGAACUAAAUUAAAGUCAAUUGGUGAAGAUGGAUAUAGUUUAUUAAUGAAAAUGUUUGAAUAUAAUCCUGGAAAAAGAAUAUCAGCAAGAGAAGCAAUGAAAGAUCCUUUUUUUAUAAAAAAUUAA